AUUUUCAGUCUGCAAAUUUAACUUUACCGUGGCGGUUGUGUGAGCGUAUGAAAAACGCAACGUUAAAUUAAACGAAUUUAAAUUAUUAAUUAUAUAUUUUUUUAAAGAUAUAUAAAUAAAUUAUAAAUAUAUUUAAAUGAAAUAUUAAACAAAAAAUUAAGAAAUAUUAUAAAACGAAUUGUAGAAAUUGUUGUAAUAACUAAAAGUUAUAGAAUUAAAUAAAACUAGAACAAAAAGUAUCUUUGAGUUACUUUAUUAAAGGCAAAUAGUGUGGGAGCUGUUAGUUAAGUUGGGGCGGCCAUUAAACUCUUUAAAAAGUCGUUAACUUCAAAAUGUCAGCGUAGACCACAAUUUAAAAAAAGCAGUGUAAUAGUUAGUGCUAAAACAAAUGAUUUCAACGAAAUAAUUUUAACAAAGAAAUUAAAUUUUUUUUAUUAAAAGAAAAAAAGAAUUUAACAUAUAUUUUUAUAUUAAAAAGUGAAUUUGUUGCAAGAAAAGGCAGUAAAAAUUAAAGGCAACAAGUUGUAUACAUUUGGCACCAUGGAGGGAGGUUAUGUUAAUGAAGCGAAUCAUAAACAAUCAUUACAAUCACCCCACUCAUCAAACAACACACACAUGGACCCAAACGCACCAUUAGAACCGAUUGAUCGAGACCCGGCAACACCGGUUAAAUUGUCCCUAUAUCCCGGAGAAUCAGAACUAUUGGCACCGGCUUAUGAAACCACUGUAAAACCUUUAAAUAAAGAACCAGGUUUUAUGCAAAAAUUACGCGAUUUUAAUUGGCGCAAUGAUACAAAUAAAUUACGUGAAAAAUUUUAUUUUGAAUAUUAUUCUAAGGAAAAGUUUAUGGGAGGACAACUUAAAACGAAAAAUGGCCAAAAAUAUGUGUUUAAUGGCAGACCAUCGGGUAUAUUUGUAUCAAAAACUUGUGCCACAUUUACAGCGAUUAUAACAAUUUUGGCCAUAAUAUUUACCAUAUUGAUAACGUAUUUCGUGACAGUCAACACUAUGACACAAAGUUGCACAAACGGCCAUAAUGUACAAAAUUCUAUACAAUCACAACCACAAAAUAUUAGUCCCAUUGCGACAGCCAGUAUGUUGGGCAUGCCCCUGCCCAAAUCAAAAUAUGAUAAUAAACCUGCUCCCGUUGGUGAUAUACCGCCCGAUAAUGAUAUAUUCGGCGAGGAUCAAGGCAAAUUUACAGAUCGUAAACUACAGUUAUUCGAUGGUUGGUUGCCGUUACAUUACAACCUUAUAAUCGAACCCAAUUUGAGAAAGUCGCUAAACAAUGGCAGUGUUGCCAUACAUAUAAAACGAGAUGAACGUGUUGCCAGCUUUGAACCCAUUGUCUUAGAUGUUAAUAAUGUUACCAUUUCUAAUGUACGUGUUAUAAGAGCUUUGAAUCAGACCAGUUUGGAAGAAAUUGAAUUGGAUUUUGAUAGCGAGUAUGGUUUGGAUAAUAGUACAUUUGUGGUGACUUUGACAAAAGCAUUGGCCGAGGAGAAAGACUUAAAAUUGGUAUUAAGCAUGGACUUUGUAAGUCAAAUUACCGAUACACUACAGGGAGUUUACAAGACUAGUUAUGUAAAUAUCGAUACCGGAAAACAAGAAUGGAUGAUUAGCACCCAAUUUUCUCCCAUAGAUGCCCGCAGAGCUUUUCCUUGCUUCGAUCGUCCUGAUAUGAAAGCCAACUUUACCGUCAGUAUUAUAAGACCCACUAGAACUUCUAUGGCUUUGUCCAAUAUGCCCGUUUAUCACAGCUCCAUCCAACGUCCCGGUUUUACUCGUGAUGAUUUCAUGACCACACCCAAAAUGCCUACCUACCUCUUAGCUUUUAUUGUAUCCAAUUUAGUGAAGUCACACUUUUCGGAUGUGGAUGCCAAUUUAGUGCCUCGUGUAGAAAUCUGGACUAGACCGGAAAAUAAGGAUAUGACCCGUUAUGCUUAUUACUUGGUGCGCAAAUUUUUGCCCUAUUAUGAGGGUUAUUUUGGUAUUAAAAAUCGUUUACCUAAAAUCGAUUUAGUUUCGGUGCCUGAUUUUGGUUUUGGUGCCAUGGAAAAUUGGGGUCUAAUAACUUUCAGAGAUUCUGCUCUUUUGGUGCCAGAAGAUUUAGAGAAGGCCUCUUCUUCCGAACACAUGGAAUAUGUGGCUCAAAUAGUGGCCCAUGAAUUGGCUCAUCAAUGGUUUGGCAAUUUGGUUACCCCUAAAUGGUGGAAUGAUUUAUGGCUUAAGGAGGGUUUCGCCUGCUAUAUGAGUUAUAUUGCCCUGAAUAGUGUUCAUCCUGAAUUUGAAAUUAUGGAUACUUUCACCGUAUUUGAAUUCAAAGAGUCCAUGCAACAUGAUUCCGAUAACAGUUCUCAUGCCAUUUCAUUUGAUGUUAAAUCUACCAAUGAUAUCAGAAGGAUAUUUGAUCCCAUUACGUAUUCCAAGAGUACCAUUUUAUUGAGAAUGUUGAACUCUAUAGUGGGCAAUGAAGCCUUUAGAGAUGCUACCCAAGAUCUAUUGAAAUCUUUUACCUAUGAAAAUGCUGAUCGUAAUGAUUUAUGGGAAUAUAUGACCAAACAGGGCCAUUUGAAGAAAACCUUACCCGAUGAUAUGGAUAUUAAGAGCAUUAUGGAUACUUGGAUCUCUAAACCCGGUUAUCCUGUAGUGACAGUGGAGAGAAGAGAUGCCGAUUUGAUUGUUACGCAGGAACGUUAUCUCUUACCCUCUAAGAAUAUGUCCGAUGAUAGUAAAUGGAUUGUUCCAAUUACCUAUGAAACUGAUGAACUCCAUAAAGGCGACAGUAUACCCACCCAUUGGCUUAUGGAUAAUGGCCAUGAAUUGGUCAUUACAGAUGCCUUUACUUCCGAUAAUAAUUCUGAAAAUGUGGUCUAUUUGAAUUUGAAUAGACAGGGCUACUAUAGAGUAAAUUACGAUAUGACUUCUUGGUUGGCUUUGAAAAAGAAAUUCUCAUCUUUGCCACGUGUUACUAGAGCUCAACUUUUAGACGAUUCUUUACAUUUGUCUCAGGCGGAAUAUUUGUCUUACGAUAUACCAUUGACCUUCUUAAUGGAAAUUUUCACUGCCACCGAUGAUGAACUCUUGUGGUCGGCCGCUCAACAGGGUUUGAAUUAUUUGAUUCAUAUGUUGAAUCGUGAGCCCGCCUAUGAGACAUUUAGGGCUUUUAUGAAAUUUUUGGUUAGACCUGCCUUUGAUCGUUACGGUUUACAGGAGCCUGAUAAUGAGAGUCAUAUUCAAUUGCAACAUCGUGCUUUGGUCGCUAGAUUGGCUUGUAAAUUCAAAUAUGAUCGUUGCUAUAAUGCUGCUCAUAUUAAGUACAGAGAAUGGAUGGCUGAUCCUAAAUCAAAUCCUAUUACCCCCAAUAUGAAACCCACAAUUUAUUGCACUGCUUUGGCUGAGGGUUCAUUCCAAGAAUGGUAUUUUGCCUAUAAACAAUACAAACGUACUACAAGUGCCUCCGAAAAGGAACAGAUACUCUCAUCAUUGGGUUGCACCACCAAGCCUUGGUUGUUGUCCAAAUAUUUAAAUAUGACCAUUAACCCUACAUCGGGCAUUUUAAAACAAGAUGGAGCACGAGCUUUCAAGGCGGUGGCAGAAAAUCCCAUAGGUUUUGAAAUAGCUUUGGAUUUCUUGCAAACGAAUAUUAAAGACAUAGCAGAAUAUUUCGGCGAUGGCUUUUCUACUUUAAGCUCUAUGAUCAAAUCGAUUACCACCUAUAUGAGUAAAGACUAUCACAAAGAACAAUUGGAACGUUUUAGAGAUAAAUCUCAAAAAUUGGGCUUAAAAUCGGUGGUUACUGCCAUAGAUUUAGCCAUGGAACAAGUAAAUAAUAACAUUUACUGGCGCAAUCGUUCGUAUUAUAGUCUAAAGGGCUUUUUAGAGGAUAUAGUAAGAGAAUUCCAAAUUAAUAUAUUCUAAGUCGGGGACUAUGAAAUAAUAUUGUAAAAGAAUGUUAAGUAAAACGAUCUUUUUAUUAUAAGUUUUCAAAAUUUUCAAAAUGUUUGCAAAAUUCAUAAGAAAUUCAAUCUCAAAAAAAGUGAUUUCAACUAAUUCCUAAAAUAUUUUUAUUCCUUUUUAGGAAUUAUGUGGCCUUAUCACAAAAUUUUUAUUUAUUUUGCAAACAAAGUGAUAUAAUUUUAGUUUAUUUUAACAAAUUUUAGUAUUGAGCUUUUAAGCUAAAUAUUUUUUUAAAGUUUUAAUCAUUUAUUAAUAUUUUUUUUAUAAAUUAUUUAUUUUCGUUUUAAUUUUAUUACUUUUCGUCAUUAUCAUAUUUUUUUUUUUUGUUUAAUUUUAUAUUUUAAGUAUUGUUCCUAUAUUAAAAAAAAUAACCUUAAUAUUAAGAACUUGAAACAAAAAGAAGAUAAAAAUGUCUGUCAUUCCUUCGUUUACAAAUUUAUCUAAAAGAAAAUUUGUUCGCUGGCAAGGAACACAACAAUCACAUGCAACCAACUAAACAAUACACAGAAUGAAAUGCUGCUGAUGUAAAAUGUUAAUAGUUUUAAGUAAAAUUUAAUAAAAAUAAAACAAAAAUUUCUUUUGAAAUUUUUCUUAAAAAAAAAAAAUAUAACAACCAAAAAUAUAAACUACUUAAAUACAUAUUCAAGAAAUCAAUACUAACUGCCGACAACUAUUAAGUAAAUAAAUUUAUAAUUAAUAAAACAAAACAAAACUUUAAAUAAAUUAUAAGAAUAUUUCAUGUCAAAUAAGUUAAAAAUUAAAUUAAACAUAAAUUACACUACAUUUAAGCACAAUUGCCUAAAAAAACUUUUUUUUUAAAUUGAAAUUUUAGCUUUUUCUAUUAAAUUUCUUUUGUAAAUAUUAUCUUAUAUGUUCGGCUUAAUAUUUAUAAUAUUUUAAUAAAAUUAAAAUUUACAGAAAUAGCGUAACGAAAGGCAGCCUUAUGUUAAAAUACGUGAAAACUAUAGAAAUUAAUAAAUUAAUAAAUAAAAAACUGAGUGUCCUUAAAUGAAAUUUCACCAGACAGCAACUUGUCUUAAUGAUGAAUAUUAGUUUUAAAACUAAAAAUGAACGAGCUACACAGAGAUGAAUAUUAUUUUUUAAAACU